AGUUGCGGUCUUUGGGGCUUACAUCUACUGGUCUGACAGAGCACACGCCAAUGGGUCAGUCAGAAGGGGCCACAAGAACGAUGCCACAGAAACAGUAACCAUGAGGACCGGACUUGGAGUCAACCUAAAGGAGAUCAAAAUUUUUAACCGCGUAAGAGAGAAAGGGACCAAUGUCUGUGCCAAAGACAAUGGAGGCUGUAAGCAACUCUGUCUUUAUCGAGGGAAUUCCAGGAGAACCUGUGCCUGUGCCCAUGGCUAUUUGGCUGGGGAUGGAGUUACUUGUUUAAGGCACGAGGGCUACUUGCUAUAUUCAGGAAGAACAAUAUUAAAAAGCAUACAUCUUUCUGAUGAAACCAACUUAAAUUCCCCAGUAAGGCCCUAUGAGAACCCACAUUAUUUCAAGAAUAUCAUAGCCCUGGCCUUUGACUACAAUCAAAAAACAGACGGUACCAAUAGGAUCUUUUACAGUGAUGCACACUUUGGAAAUAUACAGCUUAUUAAAGAUAACUGGGAAGACAGACAAGUAAUUAUUGAAAGUAAGUACAAACUUUUAAAAUGUUUAUAUGUCACUUCAGUUUAGAAAAAACAGUGGUAUGUUGUGGAGCACUUGCACUAUCCACAGUUCAUGCUCAAGAAGGUCUAGGGUUAUAUCAUUUAUCAAUCUCACAGUGUCUAAGCAACAAGUACCCACAUGUACUGUAAAUAGUAGCUUUAAUUAUCUCUGCAGUAUUUUUAACAUCAUGUUUGCUACUUACAAGUUUUGUGAUACUGGGAAUAUGUUAGUACAAAAUUUUUUAAUUGAUCUCCUUCAAGUGUGGGUGAAAUGAUAGUAUUAUAGUAUCUCUAAUGAUUUUCAGUUAAUCAUAUUUUCUGAAAAAUUAUCUAAUAUCAGUAUGUGGCUAUAUCUUGAAUGGAGUCUGUUGAAGAAGUGAUUCGGGCUUCAAGAUUCAUUUCAGUGGGAAGAGAGAUUUUCUAACAAGAACAAGGUUCAAAAUUGUAAAACACUCAAAAAGCAUGCAAAUGAAAGAAUUUACUGUAACCAUUCAAGCUUUAUGUUUCAUUAAGUGUGAAUUAUCUGCACAAUUGACAGACACCUUUUUCCUGUCACCUAAUAUUCAUGAAUACAAAUAUCUUCACACAAUCUCUCCUAUGACUUUUCAAUUUCUAUUUAUUCCCCACUACUUAUUUUCACUCUACAGAGCCAGUCUUUGUAUCUAUAUCUUUUUAAAUUGCAGUAUUAAGUACAUAUUUACAAUAAACAUUACAAGUAAUAUAGGUUUAACCAUGAGGUGU